AUGGGACCCACCGAAUCGAUAAAAGCUCAAAACCAAGUGUACCCCGACUGGAGUUGGGAUCGGCUAGCAAAGAGAAAGCAAGGAUCAUGGGGCCCACCGGAUCGGCAAAAGCUUGAAGCCAAGCGCACUCCAACGGGGGGUCCACUUGUGCAUGGGAUCGGCUGUCUGCACUUGGAUACUUCACAUAGGGAUAAUAGUCCACAGUUGGAACUUGAAAAGUUAGCAACGUGUAUGAAAAUUCAUAUUUGA